AUGGCACCAUCAACACCAAGUCUCAAGCUGGCUUCGGGGACAACCAUGCCCCAAGCUGGAUUUGGGCUGUGGAAAGUCCCUGCCGACCAAGCCGCCGAGACCGUUUACAAUGCAAUUAAAAAUGGGUAUCGCCUCUUCGACGGGGCAUACGACUACCAAAACGAGAAAGAAGCCGGCCAGGGCAUCCAACGAGCCAUCAAGGAAGGACUCGUCCAACGUUCGGAUAUCUUCGUCACCACGAAACUCUGGAACAACUAUCACUCGCGUGAACACGCACUGUCGAUGGCCAAGGCCCAAAACGAAGCCUGGGGCCUCGACUACAUCGACCUGUACCUGAUCCACUUUCCGAUCGCUUUGAAGUACAUCUCACCGGAUGAGCUCCGGUAUCCGGGAUGGUGGCAGGACGCCGAGCAGAAGACGAUUGCGCGAGCCAACGUCUCGAUCCAGGAGACGUGGCAGGCGCUCGAGGAGGUCGUGGACGCGGGCAUUGCCAAAGCCAUCGGCAUCUCCAACGCUCAGGCCCAGAUCCUCUACGACAUCACGACGUACGCGCGCCACCCGCUGUCUGUUCUGCAGAUCGAACACCACCCGUAUCUCGUCCAGCCGGACCUGGUCGCGCUCGCCAAGGACCUGAAUGUCGCUGUCACAGCGUACUCAUCCUUCGGGCCCCAGAGUUUCCUCGAGCUGCCCGAGGCGUUCCGCAAGCGGCCCGAGAGCAUCUCCACGCUGUUCGAGACGGACGCCGUCAAGAGCGCCGCCGACGCCCAUGGAAAGACCCCCGCCCAGGUCUUGCUGCGUUGGUCCACCCAGCGCGGCAUCGCCGUCAUCCCCAAGUCGAAUAAUCCCGAUCGUCUCAAGCAGAAUCUCGAUGUCGUGGAUGGGAGCUUUGAUUUGACCGACGAGCAGAUCGAGAAGAUCAGUGCGUUGGAUAAAGGUCUCAGGUUUAAUGAUCCUGGUUACUACCUUCAUGAGCCUUUGAGAAUCUUUGCUUAG